AUGGUUGGAGAUGUUCUAAACUCCUCUCUUCUUUUCAGCCGCGUUCUCCUCAGUUUUCACGCAUCUUCCGCAAAUACAUCGACCGAGAAGAGGAAAGGCACGCACGCACGCAAAAAAGAACGACAGAAGGAGAAGAGCGCACCUUUCACCAUCGGGAGCUCAGCUUGCGAGAUUCCUAUAGCAAUCAGGUAUGGGUAUCGAUGGCUAAGCCUUAAAGCAAAUUUCUUUCAACUCCUUUCCCCCUUUCCAUUACCAAAACACCACUACGAUCUGCUCUCCUCUCAAUUAAGUGCUGCAACAAGUUUCUAUUCAAGAACAAAGAAAGCAUUGUCAUGCCAGCAAGACUUUGAAUUUGGGGAACAACUGCAUGCUUUAGUCAUAAAAAAUGGGUUUAAGUGUGAAGUUGCAGUGGUGAACUCUCUUAUAAGUAUGUAUAUGAAGUGCACUGGCAUAUGCUUGGCUGAGAAAAUUAUUGAAGAGGUGACUUUUCUGGAUGUGGUAUCAUGGAAUACUAUGAUUGGUGUGGUAGCAAAAACUGAUAGACCUCAAAAAGCAUUAGAAUUAUUUACUAAAAUGUCCGUGGAUGGAGUUUUGCCUACUGAGACCACAUUUGUUAGCCUUAUAAACUGUUGUACGCAUUUGGAGAUUCCAUUCUAUGGAGAGUCCUUUCAUGUUAAGAUAAUCCAGCAUGGUUUGGAAUCUAAUGUUUUUGUAGGUAGUGCGUUGGUUAAUUUUUAUGCUAAAUGUGAUAACUUGGAAAGUGCCCGACGCUGUUUUAAUGAGAUCUAUGUGAAAAAUGUGGUUUGCUGGAAUGCUUUGAUUUUGGGUUACUCUAAUAAUUAUUCCCCUGCAUCCAUACUCUUACUGCAAGAAAUGCUUCAUUUAGGUUACCGACCUAACGAGUUCUCAUUUUCAGCUGCGCUUAAGUCAUCAUUGGCAUUAGAGCUCCAGCAGCUGCAUUGCUUAAUUGUAAGAAUGGGAUUUCAGAAACACGAGUAUGUGUUGAGCUCUCUUAUAACCUCAUAUGCCAAAAAUGGUCUUGUAUCUCAUGUCCUGGUCUUUCUCACGGAUUCUGAUGGUCUUCUUUCUGCAGUUCCUUCUAAUGUCAUUGCUGGAAUUUAUAACAGAAUUGGGAGAUAUAAUGAAACUCUAAAAUUUCUUUCUCUACGUGAAAAACUUGACAUUGUAUCCUGGAACAUUGUGAUUGCAGCUUGUGCCCGCAGCGGUUAUUACGAAGAGGUAUUUGAGCUUUACAAACAGAUGCAUUUGAUUCAAGUCCUGCCAGACAAUUAUACAUUUGUCAGCCUUCUAAGUGUGUGCGCAAAACUUUGCAGUUUUUCUUUGGGCAGUUCUCUUCAUGGUUAUAUCAUUAAGAUAGAUUUCAGUUCUUGUGACACAUUUGCAUGCAACGUUUUAAUUGACAUGUAUGGGAAAUGUGGUAGUGUGGACAGCUCAGUGAAAAUCUUUGAAGAAAUAAAAGAAAAAAAUUUAAUCACGUGGACAGCUCUAAUUUCUGCACUUGGACUUAAUGGUUAUGUUCAUGAGUCAUUAGAACGAUUCAGAGAAAUGAUACUCUUGGGCUUUAAGCCUGAUGGAGUAGCUUUUACUGCAGUUCUUACGGCUUGCAGGCAUGGCAGGUUAGUGAGAGAUGGGAUGGAGUUAUUUGGGAAAAUGAAAAUGGAUUAUGGUGUUGAACCAGAAAUGGAUCAUUACCAUUGCAUAGUUGACUUGUUGGCUAAAUGUGGACAUGUUACGGAAGCAGAGACAGUGAUUUCCAACAUGUCCUUCCCACCAAAUGUCAUUAUAUGGCGUAGUUUCCUUGAAGGCUGCAAGACUCAUGGAGCUGCAAUGGACCAAGCAGUAGGACAUCUUUAA